AUGCCGCGCAGUGCCCUCUUCGUCAUUGACAUCCAACGCGAGCUCGCGCACGACCCCAAGACGCAGAUCCCCCACGCCGAACGGAUCCGCUCCGCCGGCGAGAAGAUCCUCUCAGCCGCCCGAGACAUCGUCGACCAGUAUCGCACAGCUCACAAACAGUCGCCCUCGGUCAUCGUCUUUGUCCAGCAUGAGGAGAAGCCAGAUGAAGGCACCCUCGUGAGAGACACCGAGCCAUGGAGGCUGGUGUUUGAGCCACGGGAUGGCGUUCAGGAGGAGCGCCUUGUUGCAAAGACCACCCAGAACACCUUCGAGUCGAACCCUGACCUGGCCGAUAAACUGAAGGCCGAGGGCAUCACGGAGAUGGUCACGUUCGGCAUACAGAGUGAAUGCUGUGUUGUCUCGACGUCCAAGGGGGCCCUGGAGGCUGGUUUCAAGGUGACCAUUUUGCAGGGAGCACAUUCAACCUACGAUACGGACUCCAAGUCUGCGGUGGAGAUCGAGAGAGAUAUCGAGCAACAGUUGAGGGAUAAGGGCGCCGAUGUUGUUCCGUGGGAGGAUGCAGUAGCUUCCUGGGAGCAGCGACGUAUGAUCUCGAGCUAUUCGAUCUUUUCGGAGUUGUAA